GAUGGUUUUUGCCACAUGUGUGGUUACACACGGGCUGAGAUCAUGCAGAAGCCGUGUACCUGCAACUUCCUGUAUGGUCCUGACACCAAGCGCCUGGCUAUCGCCCAGAUGGCACAGGCCCUGCUGGGGUCCGAAGAGAGGAAAGUGGAGAUCAUCCUAUACCGAAAAGAUGGUCAGUGUUUCCUGUGUAUAGUGGAUGUGGUACCAGUAAAGAAUGAGGAUGGCGUGGUGAUCAUGUUCAUCUUGAACUUUGAUGUCAUGACUGAGGAAGCACAUAGAGACCGUAAACGACAGCUGAAUCAUCGCCUGCCCACAUGGCUCAUUUCAGGUCGCCCACAAGGCUUCAAGUUGCGUCUGCCCCCCCUGCGUUCCCUGUCCAACAGUAAAGUAUCACUGGACGACACAGAGGCAGGUAACAGUCCAACACCUACAGCCCUGCCUCUGCAUCCAGACCACAGUCAUGAGUCUCUAGGCCUGGAAGAGAUCAUGCCCUUACCCACUUUGCCUACAGACCGCCAGGAUCAACACUGUAGAAGCAGUUCAGCACAUCAGCAAUGGCCAGAAGUCUGCCAGGACCACCGCACCUUACUGCGUGCUGAGCCUCCAGUUUGUCCUCUUGCACUUCCUCCCCCAGAAGCCCACCUGGCCGGUCCUGUUAAUCAGUCCUCUUCUUGUGUAUUGCCCAGUCUCCGGCUCAGUCUUAACCCUGAUGGUUCAGGCUCUAACUGCUCUCUGACACAUAGCCGCUCACGGGAAAGCUUUUACAGCAUGCGUCGGGCUUCUUCUGUAGAUGAGAUAGAGGCCAUGAGGCCAGAAUGGGACAGAAAGAACCGAAGACCCAGCGUCCGUCCAGCUAGCAGCAGCACUGGUGCAGUAAACAGCAAGUCAAACAUGUUAAAUUCUACUUCAGACUCUGACCUCAUGCAGUACAGGACAAUUUCCAAAAUCCCUCAAAUCACUCUCAACUUUGUGGAUUUCAAACCAGACCCCCUCAUUGCCCUACCCUCUGGGGAGAUGGAUAUCAUAGCACCCUGCAAACUCAUUGACCGGACACACAAUGUCACAGAGAAGGUGACACAGGUGCUGUCUCUAGGUGCAGAUGUGUUGCCAGAGUACAAACUCCAAGCUCCCCGCAUUCACAAGUGGACAGUUUUGCAUUACAGCCCCUUCAAGGCAGUGUGGGACUGGCUCAUUCUGUUGCUGGUCAUAUACACUGCUAUCUUGACACCCUAUUCAGCUGCAUUCCUUCUAAAUGACCAGGAAGAAGUAGCCAAGCAGAGCUGUGGUUACUCCUGCUCUCCUCUCAAUGUGGUGGACCUCAUUGUGGACAUCAUGUUCAUUAUUGACAUCCUCAUCAAUUUCAGAACCACAUAUGUGAACUCUAAUGAUGAAGUAGUGAGUCACCCAGUGCGCAUUGCCGUGCACUAUUUCAAAGGCUGGUUCCUCAUCGACAUGGUGGCUGCUAUUCCCUUUGACCUGCUGAUCUAUCGCAAUGGAGAAGAGACCACCACUCUAAUAGGACUGCUAAAAACUGCUCGUCUCUUGCGAUUGGUCCGCGUAGCCCGAAAGUUGGACCGCUACUCAGAGUAUGGAGCAGCUGUCCUUUUCCUUCUCAUGUGCACCUUUGCACUCAUCGCUCACUGGCUGGCCUGCAUCUGGUACGCAAUUGGUAAUGUUGAGAGAAAUGGUUCAAUAGGUUGGCUCCACAACUUGGGGGAACAGCUAGGAAAACAAUUCAAUGAUUCCAUUCCAGGCUCGGGACCUUCAAUCAAAGACAAGUAUGUUACAGCUCUCUACUUCACAUUUAGCAGUUUGACAAGUGUGGGGUUUGGAAAUGUUUCACCCAACACCAACUCUGAGAAGAUCUUCUCCAUCUGUGUAAUGCUUAUUGGGUCAUUGAUGUAUGCUAGUAUCUUUGGGAACGUGUCGGCCAUCAUCCAGAGGCUGUACUCGGGAACAGCUCGCUACCACACCCAAAUGUUAAGAGUGAGGGAGUUCAUCCGUUUCCAUCAGAUCCCCAACCCUCUCAGGCAAAGGCUGGAGGAGUACUUUCAGCACGCCUGGUCCUACACCAACGGUAUUGACAUGAAUGCUGUACUGAAAGGUUUCCCAGAGUGUCUCCAGGCAGAUAUUUGCCUCCAUCUAAACCGAACAUUGCUGCAGAACUGUAAAGCUUUUAAAGGCUCUACUAAGGGCUGCCUCAGGGCUUUGGCUAUGAAGUUCAAGACCACACACGCGCCCCCGGGUGAUACGCUGGUUCAUGCUGGGGAUGUCCUCACUGCCCUUUACUUCAUAUCCAGAGGAUCUAUAGAGAUCCUCAGAGGAGAUGUGGUGGUAGCUAUCUUAGGGAAGAAUGACAUCUUUGGUGAGCCCAUCAACCUAUAUCCCCGACCUGGUAAAUCCAAUGCUGACGUGAGAGCUCUCACUUACUGCGACCUCCAUAAAAUUUUUAGAGAAGAUGUUUUGGAAGUGCUGGACAUGUAUCCAGAGUUUGCAGAUCCCUUCUGGAACAAUUUGGAAAUCACCUUCAACCUCAGAGAUACAAACAUGAUCCCAGGCUCUCCAAGCAGUGACGACUCCACCUGUGGAGGAUUUAACAAAUUACGGAGACGGAAGUUAUCAUUUCGAAGACGUACAGAAAAAGAUGAUGCUGGUGAAAUUAAAAAAAUACAGAAAUCUGCGAGGCAAAUACAGAAAGAGGCAAACAGCAACAAAAAAGAGAAAGAGAAAGUAGUUAAGACACAAUGGGGGGCAUGUCGGAGCUCAACGUCUCCAAACUCCAGCGGGGAUGAGGGAGAUGGGUCAAUCAUGAUAGGCCUCACUUCACCACCUACAACACUGGAGGCUCUGAAGACUCAAGCCCCACCCAGAAAUAUGAAUGACAAUACCAAGAGUGAUGGGGACUCCAAAACUGGAAACACAUGCAAUAAGUUCUCAGGAGCCUUUUCUGAGGUGUCCAACAUGUUCAGUUUCUGGGGAGAGAACCGAGUGGCUAGUCGAUACCAGGAGGUCCCCAGCAGCAGCCUUGCCUCCCCUCCACCACUGAAUAUGUCAGUGCACAGCAUAAACCAACAGAAACGCAGUCAGCUGGACACACGGCUGGACCUGCUGCAGAAACAGCUCAACAGGUUGGAGAACCGCAUGUCAACGGACUUUGGAGCAAUCAUGCAGCUGCUUCAAAGACAGAUGGCGCUGGUUCCCCCUGCCUACAGCGCAGUUUCUUCACCUCCUCAGCCCUCACCCUUUCCCAGCCCUGAUCCAGAACCAGGUCCAAGAGAGAGUGUGGGAGACAGAGAGCCACUGGCCUCUCCUUCACAGAUCUUGUACUUGGACUCUCGAGAAUUAGAGUUCUCAGCCAAAUCACCUAAUUCCAUGCAGCCGCAGGAGUCCUCUCUGAGCACUUCCAGCCAGGAUCAGCCUGUGUUCCCUGGACUGGGCACCCUGGAGCAGCAUCUGGACCUGGACUUGGAACUUUGCAAUGUGGCUGGCAUUAUAUCUGAGGGGAAUGUAGGUUCAGGUUCAGAAUUAGUAAAAGGGACAGAGGUUGAUUCAAAUGUAGUAGGAGGAUCAGAAUUUGCAUCAGGGGUAUGUACUGAGGCUAAGGUUGGGCCAGAUUGUGGAACAGAUGUCUCACCUGUGGAUGGUGAGAUUCCAAGGAGGCUGUCAGUUCAAGAAGCACAGACAAUCCUGGAUUCACGUACAUCACAGAGACAAAGCUCUGACUCAGGGGGGAAAUAAGGUAGAUAUGAAGAGAAUAGGGACUGGCAUAAAAACAAGCAAGAUAUAUGUUUUCUCAUACAGUUACUGCUGUUUUCUGACUCCAGACACAACUUUGAAGAUCAGGAGGGCACAAGAUGUUCCUAAAAGCUUAAUUC